AUGGACAAGCAGGCCCCUAGCUUGAAUGAUUGCUUAUACUCUGGCCCAUCCUUGACUAGUCAUUUAACCGACUUGUUGAAAUUCCAUCUCGACCCAUUUGCGGUAUCGGCAGACAUCAGCAAAGCCUUCUUACGGGUAGGUCUCCAACCUAGGGAUCGUGAUUAUACACGUUUCAUUUGGCUAAAAGAUCUUAACAAUGAAAAGGACCUUCAAGCCUAUAGGUUUAGAUCAGUUCUCUUUGGAGCCACAUGCUUGCCUUUUUUACUCCAGUCAACCUUGCAACAUCACUUUGAAACCUACCCCACUUCACCUGAAGUUAGUUUCCUCAUGACCAAAUUUUAUGUGGACAACUUAAUUGGUUCCUUACCAACAACAGUCAGCCUCUACAGCCUUUACAAGGUUGCAAAGGAAGUCCUGUCAGAUGCCGGAAUGCCUUUAAGAGAAUGGAUCAGUAAUGACCCAACCUUCAACGAAAUGGUAAAAAAAGAAGGUGAUGGAACAACAGAAGGCUCAGGAAAUGGAUUGUUUGCUCCCAUAAUUGUACGAGCCAAAGUUCUUAUGCAAAAGAUCUGGAAACUAUCUAAAAGGUGGGAUGAUGUUUUGCCACCAGAACUUCAAGAAGAGUGGUCGAAGAUCAAGAAAGACCUCGAGAACAUAUCAUAUCAGGAAUUCCCACGCUUCACAGCCAACAGAGGGACCAACUACUCUCUUCACGUAUUCUGUGAUGCUAGUGAAAAGGCCUAUGGGGCUGCAGCCUAUUUGAUGGACCAACACGCAGGUGCGAACCUAGUUUUCUCUAAAGCAAGAGUCGCCCCUCUCAAAAAGAAAAGCAUACCACAACUUGAGCUGACUGCCAACUAUAGUGCAGUCAAAAUAGCUUACUACCUCAGAACCGUUUUCACUACCGAUGGUGUCAAGAUUACUGACACUGUCAUAUGGUCUGACAGUAAAGUUGCCCUACACUGGAUUCAGAACAACAAAUCUAAAAACAUCUAUGUCCGCAACAGGGUGAAUGAGAUAAGUCAGGUCACUGAAGUGAGGUACCUCUAUGUACCUGGUGAAGAAAACCCAGCAGACCUUGUCUCUAGAGGAAUUUCCAUGCGGCAGUUUAAGAAAAGUCAAAUUUGGUUCCAUGGCCCAAGUUGGGUCCCGAACCCAGAGAUGUGGCCAGAGCAGGCAGAUGUAUCUACAUGCUACCCACCUGAAACACCUGAAGAAGUUUUAACUACAGUUGUCAGUGAAGAAGCUACUUGUCCCAUAGAGAUCCGUAGGUUCGCUUCCCUUCCUAAACUUAUAAAUGUCACUAAGCUAGUAAUUAAGUUCACUAGGCUCCUUAAACGUACCAUUGGGAAUCGUAAAACUAAGAACUCGGGACCCGUAAACUCUGAAAAUGUCGAAGUACAGAACUCAGAAGCAUUACGAAUUCUUAUUGGCUUCACACAGAGUCAGUAUUUCCCAGAGGAGUUGUCAUACCUUAACAAGAAUUCCCACAAAAUUCCAGCCAGAAUUAAAUGCCUAGGCUUGUUCCUGGAUGAGAAUGGACUUUUGCGAUGCACUGGGAGACUACAAAAUGCAGACCACCGUCCAUAUAGCAGUAAAUUUCCUCUGCUUUUACCUCCAAAUUCUCCUUUGACUGGACUUAUAGUCAUUCAAGCACAAGAAAAUUUUCUUCAUGCAGGCGUUCAAGACACAAUUUGCAAGGUGAGAGAAGAAUACUGGAUACCAAGACUGAGACAGUGUGUCAAGAAGAUGAAAACGAAGUGUCACCUAUGUAACCGUCUGGAAGGACCUGCAUUGCGCAGGCCUCCUCCGCCACCUCUACCAGCUUGCAGAGUGAACAGUCUCCGGCCAUUUGAGGUGACCGGAGUAGAUUUGACUGGACAAAUUCUUAUCUGCAAUCCUGCCACUAAAGAACUGGACAAGGUUUACAUAGUCGUAUUCACUUGUACCUCAACACGAGCUUGUCACCUAGAAGUGGUAAAAGAAUUAACCAGCACUGCUUUUCUCAAUUCCUUCAGGCGAUUCACUGCACGAAGAUCUUGCCCUCGUCGAAUGAUUUCUGACAACGCCACUAACUUCAAAACUGGUUCUUCCUUGAUUCAGUCCUUGUAUGAUGACACUGACGUAAUACAUGCAUUCCAAGAACAGUGGGAGAAGGAAUACUUGCAGUCCCUGAGAGAUAGACACUAUUUCAACGGGGAUCCAACCCAACCGUUCCAAACCAAGAUUAAAGUAGGAGAUGUGGUGUUAGUACAUAAUGACACCCCUCAUUGCAUGUGGAAAUUGGCAAGGGUCAUUCAGCUGAUGCCCAGCUCUGAUGGACUGGUCCGAGUUGUGAAGCUACAGACCAGCAAUGGAGAGACAACUAGGUCAGUUGACAAACUUUACCCGCUGGAGGUCUCUAAGCCAGAGGAUAUGUAUACUGUAGAAGCUGCGAAGAAAAAUUUAGGAGACAGUCAAAAUUCUGAAGGCUAUCAAGCAGAAGAGAGACCGAAGAGAAGAGCCGCCACCAACUCGAGGCGAUUCUUACAGCAGUUGAUUAAUGAUGAAGCUGUUUAA